AUGGCAUCACAACUGAUCAUCUAUUCAGCACAUGUUGUUCUUCUCGUUCUAGUUUGGCUGCUCGCGUAUACAGAAGUUGUGCCGGUGCUAUCGUAUAUUCCUGAAUGCGCACACUGCUUAGUUUAUUAUAUUUACGCAGCUUUCAACGUCAUCUACGGAGUUGCAACGUUCAACGAUUGUGCAGAAGCCAAAGUGGAACUCCUGCAGGAAAUUAAACAAGCGAGAGCGGAACUGAAACAAAAGAGAAUAAUCGAUUAG